AUGCCUAACCUCCCCUCCCCGCCCUCGCCCAUCUCUUCGGGCAAGAAGAGACCCCAUCCCUCCGGCGAGACGCCGCCCACCCAACCCGAUCCUGCGAAUGCGUCGCGGGACAACCCCUCCACCUCAACCGCCGUCCCCUCCACAUCUCCCGCCCUGUCGACUGCACAUUCGACCGCCACCGUGGCCUCGACCGCUUCUUCCUCAUCCUUCCGCAAUGUCUCGGCCUGUAAUCGCUGCCGGCUGCGCAAGAACCGUUGUGACCAACGGCUUCCGCGGUGCCAGUCCUGCGAAAAAGCUGGCGUCCGUUGUGUCGGAUACGACCCAAUCACCAAGCGGGAGAUUCCGCGCAGCUAUGUAUAUUUUCUAGAGACCCGAGUCGCGUAUCUGGAGAAACAACUAUCAGAGCACAAUAUCGAGUUCAAAAAAGCUGUCGCUUUCGACGAAGAGGAGGCUGUCAAGACCGAGACUGAAGGCGAUUCGGCACAAUCUGGUUCUGGCCUCGAUGUCCCGGGCACCGAUGGCUCAGAUAAGACAUGGAAAGGCUCGGCGCUCAAGGAAGAGACAGAAGGAACCGUUCAGAAAGCAGAUGGAGAUCAAAACCGGGAUACUGAUGGGAAUCGUGAUGCUGCGAACGAGGAUAAUUGGCGUCUGCACAAUUUGGUGUCAAAUAUCGGCAUGGUUUCCGUGCAGGGAACCUCUGAUCCUCGAUAUCUCGGCUCAACUUCGGGCAUCUCGUUUGCCCGAGUUGUCUUUGCUGCAGUACGGAGUUCGCUCCCAGGGAAUGUGCCCGAGCGCGCUCCGAUCCGUCCCAGCGAGCGACUGCCGCAGACGGCUGCUGGUCCUACUGGAGGUACCAUGCGCGACUCAUUCUUCGGACUUCAGACGAAGCCGAUGAUGAAACGCGCAGCCUUUCCGGAUCGUGAGCUUGCCGAGCGUCUGGUGGAUCUUUACUUCGAACAUGCCAACCCUCAAAUGCCUAUCCUCCAUCGCGGAGAUUUCAUGGAGCUUCUUGACCGCACAUACCUUUUGGAGGAGAAGAACCGAUCUCCUCGAGCCCUCUAUGUUCUCAACAUUGUGUUUGCUAUCGGUGCGGGAAUUAUCUUUGAAGACAAGCCCCAGAGUUCGGAUGAUGAGAGCCACGCCGGCCGUGACCGCGCUUCAUCCACGACGAAGAGACUCCGGUUAUCGAAUCACCAGUAUCAGCCAGAGGAGUACCAUGCCUCCGCGAUCGUUCACUUGGAAUCUUUCCUCGGUUCCUCGUCCAGCGAGGGAUUUGGUGGCUUGGAGGAACUUCAGGCAGUUCUCCUGCUGGCUAGCUUUGCGUUGCUUCGUCCGGUUGCUCCCGGGUUGUGGUACAUUGUUGGUGUUGCGAUGCGACUGGCUGUUGAUCUCGGGCUUCACUAUGAAGAUGGCAUUGGCUUGGGUACCCCCAAAGACGGAAAUCAAGUACAACCUCGCAUUGAUGCCCGCGAGCGCGGCCGGCGCGAAUGGGUACGUGAUCUACGGCGCCGUUUGUGGUGGUGCGUGUACAGCUUUGAUCGCCUGGUAGCCACAUGUGUUGGUCGACCAUUCGGCAUCAGCGAUCAGGCUAUCAGCACGGAAUUCCCGUCCAUGAUGGAUGACAAGUACAUCACGAAAUCUGGCCUCUUGACACCACCCGAGGGAGCUCCAACAUAUAAGCACGUCGCCUUCCACUACUUCAAACUCCGUCUACUCCAAUCCGAAAUUCACGAUGUCCUUCAAUAUCAGCAGGCCCGAGCCGUGCGUAGGAGGGCAUCUGAAAGUGCUACUAUCCUUCCCCACGCCGAGCUAACAUCACCAUUCCUCCAAGGCUUCGAUUCAUUCCGUUCAUGGCGGCAUGACGUGCAUCGCCGUUUGGUGGAGUGGAAUGAGUCUGCACCAACUCGUCCGGAUACGGGCGUACGGUUUUCUAUUGAGCUUUUGGAGUUGAACUACUGGCAGGCUAUCAUCUUGUUGUAUCAACAGAGCUUGACAGUCCCGGCAGAAUUGGCUUCAGAGUUGACACCUGCGGAUGAUGUGUCCAGUCCGUCUUUCUCUAAUCCCGAGGAUGGCGACGACGAGGAUCAUGUCUAUCUGAACGUGGCAGAAGCUGGUCAGAAGGUUAUUCGGAUCUACCGACAGUUACACCGGGUGCGCUUGGUGAAUUACACCUAUCUUGCCACUCAUCACAUCUUCAUGGCCGGUAAGAAAAUGACCCUGACAACCCUGGAUGAGGUCGAUUUCACUGUACUUGCAGCAACUUCUGUUCUCGGUGACUUAAUGCACAAGUGUCCUCCUGCCGAGAAUUGUCGGGAUGCCUUUGAGCGCAUGAGCAAGGCUACCGUGCAAAUGUGCCUUUCAACUACUGGAUUUGGGUCGCAGGUUGAUAUGUCCCGAAUCCAAGCGGCUGCCCACGGCGGUAAUCUGUAUGCAGGUCGUCGCCAGGCCAUGAACCAGAGGCACCAGCCGGGAGGUCAAGGGCAAGCACGACGCUCGACUCAACCCCGCACCGCAAGACCAGUUCCCAAGUUCGACAUGAAUCUGGCCGAUCUGUUCAGUGACGCCAAUACACCUCUGGCUGACAGGUCCCGAACCGACAGUAGACCUCCGGGCACUAAUUACGCUGUCCGGCCAGAGACUGCCGAAGCUGUUGCGCCCGGUCUAACACGGCCUUUUGGGCAGCGUACUCCAUCCAUGGAAUACUUUAUGAAAUACGAAGGCCAAACGUCUCCGCAAACCCAGCAACAUCCCCAAUUCUAUUACGGCAACUCUCCACCACAGAGUGGUUCUCCGGGUAGCGUUGCCCAUUCCGCUGGUGGACCUCAUGGUCUGCCACCCACAGACCCAGAGACUCAGCAACCCAUGAGUCUGGACUUCUUGGACUUUGCGUCUGGUGAUCCCGAAAACCAAGCAAUGGGGCAAGACCCCAACGCCGAGUACAAUCUUGCAGGCAUGCCCACCCUCGGCCAGAAUGUGGGUAUUGACCUCGGAUUCGGCAUGGCCAUGGACUUCCAGCAUGAUUGGAGCGAGAAUCCUAAUUACGAUAUCCUCGAGGGGUACUUCUUUGGUGGUUCGGGAGCAGGCGCACCCGGCGGUGAUGCGUAA